AUGAAUCCAGGAAACAUGAUAACUAAUCCGAUUACACAAAGUACUUUUUUAGGUAAUAUACAAGAAGGACAACAAGUUGUGGUUGCUGACAAUAACAAUACAGAAGGAGAAAAGGAUAAAUUAGAUGAAGAUGAUGAAUUCCAUAUUCCAAAACGAAAUAAAACUUCUGAAGCUUGGGAGGACUUCAACGAAUUUGAAGAAAAUGGCAAUUACUAUGCCAUUUGCCGUUACUGCAAUAAAAAGCUAUCAAGGGGUAAAUCAAAGCAAACAUCUAGCAUGUGGUGGCACUGGAACUCAUGUCCAUCUAGAAAAGCAAGUUUAAGACAAGCUGCACAACAAACAAAAUUGAACUUUCAACCGGCUAAUAACGCAUUUCCUACUGUACCACCUUUGCAUACCGAGAAAUUUGACAUGGAGAAAAUGAGAGAAGCAGCUGCACAUUGGAUUUUGAUGCACGAACAUCCCUUUACCAUUCUGGAAGAAGAAUGUUUGAAUAUUUUUCUAAAGCGUGGAAUGUCCGAGUGGCAGAAGAUCACCAGAGGAGUAGCAAAAAAUGAUUGUGUAGCAGUCUAUGAACUUGAGAAAAAGAAGCUGAAGAACAAGUUGAGAAAUGUGAAAAAGAUUGACUCGGAUUGGAAGCUACAAAAGAGAGUGCUCAACUUUGUUCACAUGCCACCUCCUAGACGAGAGGUUGAGAUUGCUGCUUCACUCUUCAAGUGUAUGAAGGAUUGGGGUAUCAAGCAGAAGAUACACACAAUUUCAGUUGACAAUGCUUCGGCCAAUGAUGUGGCUAUUAGAGUUUUGCGGGAUGAUUUUAGUAGAUCGAAAAAGCUAUUAGGUGGUGGCAAGUUGUUUCAUGUUCGAUGCUAUGCGCAUAUCUUGAACCUUAUUGUUCACAUCAGCAUUUCUGAGAUUGUGGAUAUUGUAAACAAAAUUAGAAACAGUGUCGAUUUUGUCAAUUGCUCAGAGACUAGAUUAUUGUUGUUCGCUGAGAUUGCACAACAACUUCAAAUAUUGGGGAAGAAAUUGCUUUAUGAUUGUCGAACAAGAUGGAAUGCCACCUUCGAAAUGCUAAGUUGUGCUAUGAAGUUCAAAGAUAUUUUUCCUCAUUUUCAAGAUAGAGAGCCAUUCUAUGAUUCUUGUCCAGCUUAUGAGGAUUGA